CUAGUGAAAUGACUCCAGUGAGAGCGUGAGAGAGAAUCAGUAACAGUUUCAACAACGCGUCUCGCUUAGGACUAGCUUCUCGUAUGUUGCUCUCUGAAAGGGCAAUGAUACGAUGAAUACUAUCAGGUGUUUUGUGUUCGUUUUCGCAAUUGCAAGUAAUUCAUUCACCUCUGCGUAUGAUGAAUGUAACGAUCCACUUUUGGACAGAGCUCACUUAACAGCUACCACAUCAUUACCCAACAGAGGUCCAAAAAAUGCCAGGCUUAAUGGCGGAAGCGCAUGGACGGCUAGCAGUUCAGACUUUGAUCAGUACCUUAUAAUCGACCUGGGUCAAAUAAUGAACAUCACAGCUGUGGAGACCCAGGGGCGAGCAGUACAAAAUGAGUAUGUUAUGGAAUAUGUUAUCAGUUAUGGUACAAAUGGCCUGGACUACGUUGAUUACAAAGAAGAAGAUGGUAAUGUUAAGAUGUUUAAAGGCAACAUAGAUGGUGAUACAAUAAAACUUAAUAAAUUUGAAGUACCAAUUAUUGCACAAUGGAUAAGAAUAAAUCCAACCCGAUGGCGGGAUAGAAUAUCGUUAAGAAUAGAAUUGUAUGGAUGUGGUUAUGUGUCCGACAUUCUUUCCUUCAAUGGUUCAUCUCUUUUACGGUAUGAUUUAUUGAGGGAACCAAUAGAAACUGACAGACAUUUUAUACGCUUCCGGUUCAAAACGAACAAUGCAGAUGGUAUUUUAAUGUACUCUCGCGGGACACAAGGGGAUUACAUAGCUUUACAAUUAAAAGACAACAGAAUGAUAUUAAAUAUAGAUUUGGGGUCUGAUAUCAUGACUAGUUUGUCUGUUGGUAGCCUUUUGGAUGACAAUAUGUGGCAUGAUGUUCUAAUAUCGCGUAACAGGAAGAAUAUCUCAUUCUCUGUAGAUAGGGUAUUAAUUAGGGGAAGGAUAAAAGGAGAGUUUCAUAGACUGGAUUUAAAUAGAGCAUUAUAUAUAGGUGGUGUACCUAACAAACAAGAUGGAUUGGUAGUCAAUCAAAAUUUUACAGGGUGUAUAGAAAAUUUUUAUCUAAAUGCGACUAGCAUUAUUCACGAUUUAAAGGAAACAGGAAUUACCGGGGAGAAUCUAAGAUAUUACAAAGUGAAUACGCUUUAUAGCUGUCCAGAACCACCUAUAAUCCCUGUAACAUUUUUAACUCACGGCUCAUAUGCCAGACUUAAAGGAUACGAGGGAGUAUCUUCUUUGAAUGCUUCCCUCACUUUUAGGACAUACGAAGAUAGAGGAAUUAUUUUAUAUCAUCAAUUUACUUCACCUGGUUUCGUAAAGCUAUUUUUGGAAGAUGGUAGAUUGAAAGUUGAUAUUCAAACGAAAGGAAGUCCUCUAGUAACUUUAGACAAUUUCGAUGAAAAGUUCAAUGACGGAAAAUGGCAUCAAGUUAUAUUAACAAUUUCAAAGAAUAACCUUAUCCUAAAUGUCGAUGGAACACCUAUGAGGACGAGACGUAUAUUAGAUAUGAUCACAGGACCUGUUUACAUGAUUGGUGGUAUGACAGGAAUAGAGAGCAACCGCGGUUUCGUUGGUUGUAUGAGAAUGAUUAGUAUCGAUGGCAACUAUAAGCUACCAACCGACUGGAAGGAAGAGGAAUACUGUUGCAAGAACGAAAUUGUCUUCGAUGCAUGUCAAAUGAUGGAUCGUUGCAAUCCAAAUCCGUGCAAACAUUCUGGUGUAUGCCGUCAAAAUUCUGAUGAAUUCUUCUGUGAUUGUGCCAAUACAGGAUAUACAGGAGCUGUCUGUCACACUUCCUUGAAUCCUCUAUCAUGCGAAGCAUAUAAAAACAUAAACUCAGUCAGUCAACGAGCAGAUAUCAAAAUAGACGUUGAUGGAAGCGGUCCUUUGAAACCAUUCCCGGUAGUUUGUGAAUUCUAUACAGACGGACGCGUGAGAACUAUCUUGCGACAUAACAAUGAACGCAUUACACCUGUGGAUGGAUUCCAAGAGCCGGGUAGUUUUGAACAAGAUAUCAUUUACGACGCGGACAUGGAUCAAAUCGAAGCUCUUCUUAAUCGAUCCACGAAUUGUAGACAAAGGAUCAGUUAUGAAUGUAGACUUUCUAAACUGUUCAAUUCUCCAGUACCACAAGGAGAUUAUUUCAGACCAAACUCGUGGUGGGUCAGUAGAAAUAAUCAGAAAAUGGACUACUGGGGAGGAGCAUUACCAGGUUCACGUAAAUGCGAAUGCGGUAUACUUGGAAAUUGCGCGGAUCCUACAAAAUGGUGCAAUUGUGAUGCUGAUUUAGAUACUAUCUUAGAAGACAGCGGAGACAUCACUGAAAAGGAAUAUCUUCCAGUUAAACAAUUACGAUUUGGUGAUACUGGUACACCGGUGGACGAUAAAAUGGGUCAUUAUACGCUUGGGCCACUUAUUUGUGAGGGAGAUGAUCUGUUCAAGAACGUAGUAACAUUCCGCAUCGUUGAUGCUACCAUCAACCUACCAACCUUUGAUAUCGGUCACAGCGGUGAUAUUUAUUUCGAGUUUAAAACGACCAUCGAAAACGCUGUUAUAAUUCAUAGCAAGGGACCCACAGAUUAUAUAAAGAUUUCUAUAAAUAGUGGAAAUCAGAUUCAGUUCCAGUAUUUAGCAGGUAGUGGCCCACUUACGGUCAGUGUACAAACCUCGUACAAAUUAGCUGAUAAUCGAUGGCAUUCCGUGUCGGUUGAAAGAAAUCGUAAGGAAGCUAGAAUCGUAAUCGAUGGAGCGUUAAAGAAUGAAGUAAGGGAACCUCCAGGGCCAGUACGAGCUCUUCAUCUCACAUCGGAUCUCGUGGUUGGCGCCACGACUGAUUAUAGAGAUGGUUACGUUGGGUGUAUCAGAGCUCUCCUUUUGAAUGGUCAGUUGCAAGAUCUGAGAAGUUAUGCUCGUCAAAGUUUAUAUGGAAUUUCUGAAGGUUGUAUGGGUAAAUGCGAAAGCAAUCCGUGCCUUAACAAUGGCACGUGCCAUGAAAGAUACGAUGGAUAUUCUUGUGACUGUCGAUGGACUGCAUUUAAAGGUCCAAUUUGCGCAGAUGAAAUUGGAGUAAAUAUGCGUCCAAGUUCAAUGAUAAAGUACGACUUCAUGGGUAGCUGGCGUUCCACUAUCUCUGAAAAAAUCAGAGUUGGUUUUACAACGACGAAUCCGAAAGGAUUUUUACUCGGCCUGUUUUCGAACAUCUCUGGAGAAUAUAUGACAAUUAUGGUCUCAAAUAGCGGGCAUUUGCGUGUCGUUUUCGAUUUCGGUUUUGAACGACAAGAAGUUAUUUUCCCUAAUAAGCACUUCGGUCUGGGACAGUAUCAUGAUGUUAGGGUAGGCAGGAAGGAUUCAGGAGCGACACUCAUUUUGCAAGUCGAUAAUUACGAGCCGAAAGAAUUCCCCUUUAACAUUAAAACCUCAGCCGAUGCACAAUUUAAUAAUAUACAGUAUAUGUAUAUAGGAAGAAACGAAUCCAUGACAGAAGGUUUUGCUGGUUGCAUAUCUAGAGUAGAAUUUGACGAUAUUUACCCUUUGAAGUUACUAUUCCAGGAAGAUGGGCCUGGAAACGUUCGUUCUUUGGGUACUCCUCUCACGGAAGAUUUCUGUGGCGUGGAACCAAUCACGCAUCCGCCUGAUAUCGUAGAAACUCGUCCACCACCGCAAGUAGAUGAAGAAAAAGUUCGAGCUGCUUACAACGAAACCGACACCGCGAUUUUAGGAAGCGUGUUGACAGUCAUUAUUAUAGCAUUAGUUAUAAUGACAGUACUUAUAGGAAGAUACAUGUCAAGACACAAAGGCGAAUAUUUGACCCAGGAGGACAAGGGUGCUGAAAUAGCACUGGAUCCAGACUCAGCGGUAGUUCAUUCUGCUACUGGUCAUCAAGUUCAAAAAAAGAAAGAAUGGUUUAUUUAAGUACGAAGUUAGAUAUUUCGCUAUGUCGAUGCUAGAAUAUAUAGAUGAAAUUAUGCUUAUAAGUGCACUUUGAAGUGUCAUAAUGAAAGAUUUUAUAGGAAGGAUAAAAAGAAACAUAAUUCUACUGUUUCGAUUUAAUGACAACUGUAUAAAACUGGAGACUGGUAAACUUAACUAAUUAGCAUGAACAAAUUUAUUGAAUCCCUUACAAUAAUGAAGAAAUAAUAUACAAUUAUGAGUUCAAAUAUUAUGUUAAAAAGAUGUAAGCAUGUAGAAAUAUCUUAUUUGUAUUAAGUGUACCUUUGAUAUUUUUUCUGAAUACUUAUUAAUGUCAGUCAUCAUAUAGCUAGGAAUAAGAGGUAGUAAAAGAUCUUUCGAAUUGCAGACUGUUAUUACUUUACAUUAUGAGGUGCAUAAAUAUUUAUUAUGUACAUUGAAAUUUAGAUUGACCAUCGCGACAGAAUACUAUGUUAGGUUAGAUACUUGUUUAACAUUUUAUUAUUUUAAAAAUGAGAACAGUUACUUGUUUCUUUUUUACUCUGUUAUAUCAGAGUUUUUACCUGUUAAUGUUAAUCGUAAGAACAUCAACAAAUCAACUGAUUUUGAAACUCACUAAAAAAUUUAUUGGCUAUGCUAUUUUUCUAUCAAUGACAACAAAGUUAUUUGUACAUAUAUAAAAUAUUUCUAAAUCUUCAGAAAUAUUUCAUUACAUGUAAAAUACUUUUUUCUCUUUAUUUUCACGAAAAGUGUGUUCUCAGUAUUAUUUGUAAUGCUUACCGUCCAAAGUGCAUUUUACUUUUUCUUUAUAUUUAUUUUGUUUACAUUUGUUUAUUAUGUAUUUACAAAUAUUUUAUUUCUUUCGUGAAGUGUAACAAUCCGAAUUCUAUACUGUAACUUAACUUAAUCUUAUCAAAACUAAUAUUCGUAUACUAUACGUGUAACAGUGAGAGUGUGCUGUAUAUAUAUCAUUUUUAUACAAAGGAAAUGUUUUACUGUAAUAAUAUGCCAGUGUAUAUUUUAUAUACUGUAUUCAGCAGAACGCAUGUGCUGCUAAAUAAAGACGCAAAGUCGUGAUUAUGAUUUUGUAACAAUAAGUCCUUCAUAAAAACUAGUUAGCUGAAGCACGUAGUUUGUAACAACAAAGAUUUUGUAGAGUUGCCAUAAACUUAAUUUUACACUUUCACAUAUAAACUACGAAAAAGUUAAGUGCGAUAGAAGUAUCCAACGUUCCUGAAGAACGUAAAAUUUUAUUUUCUCAUAAAAUGUAAGAUGCUUUAAUUUUGUUAGUGAAACUAUUAAAAUAUAACAAUUAACGAAAAUACAUUGUACAUAGUAAUAGAAUUACAUUUUUUAACUGGAAUUAUAAAAACUAUAUAUGUAAGUGAGUAGGAAGCGAACGAAAUAUGCGAUGGUUAUAGAAAACUAAUAGUUUAACUAUCAGUUUAAAAUAAUACAAUUACAGAAACGAAAAACAAUAAAAACACUUCAACGAA